AUGGCUACUGCUAUCAAGGCUUUACCUACUGAAAGUACUAAAGAAUUAAAAGAGUUUUGGCAAAAAUGCAUUCAAUUUUAUAAUAAUAAAUGGAAGCAGUUUGAUCAUGAAUUAUAUUUACUAGCAUAUUUUUUGAAUCCAAAAUUUCGCGGAAAAGGAUUUAUACCUGAGACCUAUCAAUUAAUCCAAAAGAAAGCUUUAGCCUUAUGGUCAAAAAUGGGCAGAAGAUCAAAAUUAGCAUUUACACUUGCUGUUCAAAUGAAUAAUUAUGAUGAUUCUUAUAUUGACGAACUUCCAACUCAAUCAUUAUUUGCAAGAAUUGGCUUUAUAUAUUCUUUCUAUUGUUCCUCAUAG